AUGGCGUUAAAUGAACAAACGGACAUGAAGAUUGAGGACCAUCCACACAUAGCGGAAGGCUCAGAAGAAUCUCAGAUACAGAAGACGUUUUCUGGCUCGACAAUAUUCUUGACUGGCGGUACAGGAUUUCUUGGAAAACUGUUAAUUGAAAAGUUUUUAAGAUCCUGUCCUAAUAUAAAAAAGCUAUAUCUAUUAACGAGAGCGAAGAAAAAUAAAAAUGCAAUGGAAAGAUUGCAAGAGCAGUUUGAAGAUUUGCUAUACGAUAAGUUAAGAAAAGAAAACCCAGAUUUUAUGCAAAAAAUCGGUAUUAUUGAAGGUGAUAUGGGUCAAAUCAAUCUAGGCAUGAGUGAUGCAGACCGAGGCAAGAUUAUACAAGAGGUCGAGUUCAUUUUUCACUCUGCCGCAACAGUUCGCUUAGAUGAAGCGUUUAAGACAGCUGUGGAGAUCAACGUGCGAGGGACGAGAGAUAUGCUACAGCUAGCACGUGCAUGUACCAAACUACGUGCACUUGUGUAUAUUUCAACCGCUUACAGUAACUGCCCCUUGAAAGAGAUCGACGAGAAGUUCUACGACAGCAACCUCUCUGGAGAGAAGCUCAUUGACCUGGUUGAGAAUAUAGACGAGAAUACUUUAAAGAAGGUGACGCUUGGGCUCAAUAUAUAUUUAAUUACAGUGAUAUCGACGGUGCGUGAACCUGUGCCAGGAUGGAUCGACAAUGUAUAUGGGCCUACUGGUGUGGUGUUAGGAGCAUGUUUGGGCCUCUUACAUUCCUUGCGAUGCAACCCACAAACAAUAGCGGAGCUGGUCCCAGGUGACUAUGUAAUAAAUGGGAUUAUAGCAGUAGCCUGGAAAACCGCCAAAGAUUAUCCUGGAGAUUAUGAACAUUCUCCAGUUGAUAAUUCGCCUACUGUAUACAAUUAUGUAUCUUCUGAGCAAAAUCCUAUUACUUGGGGCACGUUUAAGAAUUAUAUGGAAGUAAAUAUGUACCAAACGGUAUUUAUGCAAGUCAUGUGGAUGCACGCGUUUUGGAUGACUCCUUCAAAAUUCUUAUACAACAUUUACUCCUUAUUGCUACAUUGGAUCCCAGCUUACAUAGUAGAUACCAUCGCUGUUGUGAUUAUGAAAAAGCCUGUGUUAAGAAAAGCUUACAAAAAGGCCGGAAAGCUCUCAGAAGUUAUAAGCUUUUUCGCCAUCAGGGAAUGGAAGUUUCAUAACAAAAACACUCUAAACCUACUAAAGGAGCUAGAUGACGCGGACAAACAUAUAUUUAAUUUUGACAUAGGGAGCUUAAAAUGGGACGAAUAUUUUAAGGAUUAUCUAAAAGGGAUCCGCUUAUAUUUGUUAAAAGAUCCCUUAGAAACGAUCCCUCAGGCCAAAAAGAAGUAUUUCAAAUUGGUGUUGGCUCAUUAUUUCUUGGUCUCUCUUAUUGUCUUUGGAUUAUUAAAACUUAUAUGGUGUUUAAUGAAACUGUUUAUG